AUGGACAACAACGACUCUAUGAAUAUGAUCAGAGAGUUGCAGGCUCAGUUAGAAGCACAAGCAAAGCGAAUGGAAGAACAAGCUCAAACCAUACGCCAACAACAAGAAGCACAACAAAAGCAAGCCGAAGAAAUCGCCAGACUCAAACAACAACGACCCACACCGGAGAUGUCUGAUUCCAACAGAGGUAAUCCCAGUCGGCAUGAUGAUCAAAGCGUCCAUUCGGAUCCAAACCGGAGGCGUAACGCGCGGUCCUCCAAUCUGUUACCUUUCACCGAAGCUGUCAUGCAAGCACCAAUGCCUGACAAACCACCCCCGACAAUAGAAAGAUAUGACGGCUCAACCGAUCCAGAUGAUCACGUGAAGGCAUUCAUCAAUGCAAUGGCAUUUUACUCNAACAGUGACCCAGUCCUAUGCAGAGCCUUUUCUUUAUCACUNAAGGGAGAGGCAUUGUCGUGGUAUAACGCUCUUCCUCCAAAUACAGUGGAUUGCUUUGCCACUGUGCAAACCCUCUUUGGAAGACAAUAUGCAUCUAACCGGGUACAAGAACUGACAGNCGCAGAGUUGGUAAACACUAAGCAGGAGAAAGGGGAAACUUUGAAGGCCUUUAUGAAAAGGUAUACUGAAACUGCACGACGAAUUAAAGAGGUAAAUCACUCUUUUAUCAUCAGCAAUUUACCUUCAUGUCUAAGACCAGGAUAUUUUGCCGAAAAAUUGUAUGCACGACCACCAAAAACCAUGGAAAAACUCCAAAAAAGAAUGGCUGAAUUCAUCCGUAUGGAGGAAAUGCGAAUUUCACAAAGAAAGCGACAACAAGAAGUUGACGAAGGCGGAAGAAGAAAAGACGGCAAGCGACCGUUCGGCAAUAAUGAUAAAAGUGGGGACCUUCCCCGAACAUUCAAGUUUAAUCAUUAUACAACCCUCAACGCACCGAGGGCAAAAGUUCUUGAAGAAGCUCUUCGUGCUGAACUUCUCACACUUCGAGAGAAGGCAACUCCCAAAAACGCCGACGAACGGAAGAGUUGUCGGUUUCAUCUAAACCGUGGCCAUACCACAGAAGAAUGUGGAGCAUUGAAGGAUGAAAUAGAAAGGCUUAUUCGAGCAGGAUAUCUCCUAAAGUAUGUGAAGGAAGAAGGGACCCAAGGAAGAAGCCCCCCGAGAGGAAUAUCUCUGCACAGAAGUCCUGAACGGUCAUACAGAAGGGAGGAGCGAGAACGAAAAUAUGAUCGCAGCCGUAGUCGAGACCGUGUGCAGGAACAACCAGCUCGUGGGCGUAUUGAUUAA